AUGCGUGUUCUUCCAGACGUCGUCCGCAGCUCUGCCGCUGCUAACACUCACUCCAGCCACCGCCAGCGCCAAGCCAUGGCGUCCCGAACCGUGAUCCCCAUCGACAAGAACUGGCAGUUCAAGCAGGCCGACAAGGACGACAGCGAGCUUCUCGCCGUCAGCCAGUUCCCGACAAACAUCCACCUCGACCUCAUCCACCACAAGGUCAUCCCCGACCCCUUCAUCGGCAAGAACGAGCUCGACGUGCAAUGGGUCGGCGAGAGGCAAUGGAUGUACAAGACGGCCUUUGCUGCCGAGGCCGUCCCCGAAGGCGCCAAGGCGGUGCUUGCCUUUGAGGGUCUCGACACCUUUGCGACUGUCGUGCUCAAUGGCAAGACCAUCCUCGAGACGGACAACAUGUUCACUCCAGAGCGCGUUGACGUCACAUCUGCACUCAAGAAGGACGGAGACAACGAGCUCGUCAUCACAUUCGACAGUGCUUACCUGCGCGGCUGGAAGCUGGUUGAGAAGUACCCUGACCACAAGUGGGGAUGCUGGAACGGUGACAACUCGAGGUUGGCUGUCCGCAAAGCCCAAUACCACUGGGGCUGGGACUGGGGCCCGACCCUUCUGACCUGCGGCCCCUGGAGGCCGAUCAACCUCGAGAUCUACGAGUCCCGCCUCUCCGAUCUUUACUUUGAGACCACCGUUGACGACUCUCUCAAGAGCGCCAAGGUUGUCGCUCACGCUACAACCGAGGGCAAGGCUUCCAAGGUCCGCUUCGAUGUCUCCCUUGACGGCAAGUCCCUCGCCUCCGAGACUGUCGAAGCCAAGGCGGACGCCAACACCUCGGCAACCUUCCAGAUCCAGGACCCCGCGCUGUGGUACCCUGUCCGCUACGGCAAGCAGCCCUUGUACACUGUCACGGCCACCCUCCUCAGCGGCAGUGACGAGAUUGACGGCCUGUCCAAGAAGAUUGGUAUCCGCAAGGUCGAGCUAGUGCAACGCCCCCUCAAAGAACAGCCGGGUACUUCCUUCUUCUUCCAAGUCAACAACGUUCCCAUCUUCUGCGGCGGAAGCGACUGGAUCCCCGCCGACAACUUCAUCCCCCGCAUAAGCAAGGAGAGAUACUACGAUUGGAUCCGCCUCCUGGCCGACGGCAACCAGUUCAUGGUCCGCGUCUGGGGCGGUGGCAUCUACGAGGAGCAGGCCUUCUACGACGCCUGCGACGAGAUGGGCAUUCUGGUCUGGCAAGACUUUAUGUUUGGCUGUGGCAACUAUCCCGCCUGGCCGGAGCUCCUGCAGUCCAUCGACCGGGAAGCGAGAGAGAAUGUCAAGAUGCUGCGCCAUCACCCGUCCAUCGUCAUCUGGGCCGGAAACAACGAGGAUUACCAGUACGCCGAGAGCGAGAACCUGACGUACGACCUUGCCAACAAGGACGCCGAGAGCUGGCUCAAGACGGAUUUCCCCGCGCGCUACAUCUACGAGAAGGUUCUCGUCGAUGCGUGCAAGGACCUGAUCCCUGACACGUUCUAUCACUUUGGCAGCCCCUGGAGCGGCCAAGACACGAGGGACCCGACUGUCGGCGAUCUCCACCAGUGGAACGUCUGGCACGGCACCCAGGAGAAGUACCAGAACUUUGACAAGCUCGUCGGUCGAUUCGUCUCCGAGUUCGGGAUGGAGGCCUUCCCCUCGGUCAAGACCAUCGACGCAUACCUACCCAAGGGCAAAGCCGACCCGGACCGCUACCCGCAGUCCUCGACCGUCGACUUCCACAACAAGGCUGACGGCCACGAGCGCCGUAUUGCGCUGUACCUCGUCGAGAACUUCCGCUACGCUCCGGACCCGCUGGAGCACUUUGUGUACUGCACGCAGCUCAUGCAAGCCGAGUGUCUCGCGUCUGCCUACCGCCUGUGGAAGCGGCAGUGGAAGGGCCCUGGGAGGGAGUACUGCGGCGGCGCGCUGGUUUGGCAGAUCAACGACUGUUGGCCCGUGACGUCGUGGGCCAUCUGUGACUAUUACCUCCGCCCCAAGCACGCCUACUACACCGUCAAGCGUGAGAUGGCGCCCAUUUCCAUUGGCAUCACGCGCACAGAGCACAAGCACCCCCGCGACAAAUACACGCGCGUCGACAUUGACACGAAGACGCGCGUCGAGAUCUGGGGGUCGAACCUGCAGCUCGAGGACUUGACGGUUGACCUGGUCGUCAAGGCGUGGAACGUCGAGACGGGUGACGAGACGUACAACGAGACGGUGGACAAGGAUUUCCUCCUGCCGGAGAACAGGUCCACCGAGAUGGCGGCGUUCGAGGUGCCCGUGAAGCAAGCGGGCGACGAGGCACGAACGGUCGUGGCGGCGUAUCUUGUGCAGAACGGGAAGCAGAUUGCGAGGUACGUCAACUGGCCUGAGCCGCUCAAGUAUCUGCACCUGCAGAAGCCCAAGAGCCUCAAGGCGGAGUUGACCGAGGGCGGCGAUGUGGUUGAGAUUAGCGCCGAGGUGCCUGUCAAGGGCGUCGCGCUGGAGGUUGAGAGUGAUGAUGUAGUGUUCAGCGACAACCUGGUCGACAUUGUCCCUGGGGAGGUUGUCAAGAUUGGGGUUAAGGGGGCGAGCAAGGAGACCAAGAUCGAGACGAGAUAUCUUGGUAUGCUGAACUAG